AUGAAGAGCUACAAAGUAUUCAAGAAGCCUUAUGUUCUUAUAGAGGACUUUAAGAACAAGUUCCAACCGUUCUACAAGGAAUACGUUAACUCAGAUGCCCCAAAACUUCACCUGGACAGCCCAACUCUAUGCUGUCCUUUCCAGGCCACCAAGAAGUACAAACAAUCAAACAAACGCCGCCAUACUCGGGAAGGCUUUUGUGAAAUUUGCUACACCAGGUUCAGCAAUUAUGAAGAACACAUAAAAGAGUUUGAGCACAGGGAGUUUGCAAAAGACAACUCAAACUAUAAGAAGCUUGAUGCAUUUAUAUCCACUUCUGCCUUUGAAAGUGCAAGUGUAUCCGAAGAGUACACUCCCCAGUCCCCAACGUUCAGGAUGACUCCAGCCUCCAGCGGUAGAAACCAUCCUGGUGUUUGCUCGAAUGGCAAUGAGAAGUAUAGCCAAACACUCCACUUUUCUCCGAUUAGUACGGAGGACUGCCGGGAACAGGAAGUAGUGUUGUUUGACCAUUUUAUUGCCGAAGUAUUUGAUAAAUAA